AUGACACGUGUAUGCGCACGAGAGCGCUUUUCGGCCCAUGAACAAUCUAAACGAUAUUCACUCAACCUCCAGCUAGAAAAAAACGAAGAAAAUGGCUUAGACUCUUAUUUACCUACAUCACUUAGGUUUAAUUUGGAAGUUUGUCUCAGCACAGAUCUCGCUAGAUCCCUGGACCAAAGUGGAAGGAAGGUGUUCCAUUUCGGGGACAAACAUAUCGAUCAAACAUCGCAUUCCAUUCUCAUAGAUCCAGAAACAGUACCCUGGUCGUCCCAAAUUGGUUCCAUCAUGAUUUCUCAAGGGGAGAAUGACGAACGCCAAAAGAAGGUGAUCCAGGCUUGCAUCACGGCUGAGGAGUUCACCAAGCAUUAUUUUGAACGAAUCGAUACACGGAGACACACCAUUGGCAAGCUUUACUUGGAUUCUGCCAAUCUUUUUUGGAAUGGAAAUAAGAUGACGGGCCCGGCGGAGAUUCAGCAAUUCUUUUUGGACAAAGUCCCAACAACGGAGCACAUAUUGACCUCAUUGGAUGCCCAGCCCGUGUUGGACAGUGCUGUAGCCGGUCAAACGACGAUCUCGGUGCAAGUUUGCGGCGGGGUCAAGUACCUGAACCAUCAGAACAAACCUUUCCAACAAACGUUUCUCCUCACAGCCGAUAAUGAUAAGUGGAAAAUCGUGACAGACGUCUUCAGAUGCCAAGAGUAUUCAGCCAAGACCCAAGCCCAAAUAUCCUAAAGCGUGUGUCUUUGUGAUGUGUACUCUCAUUUGCGAUAAAAAUAAAGUUUUCAAGAACCCGAA